CUUUGUUGUGUCUGCUAAUUGUUUUGAGCUUUCCAUGUAAGGAGGUGAUGCUCUUCUGUUGUUUUAUUUUAUUUUACUGCUUUUUGAAAAAAAAUCUUGAAACAAAAUUGAGAAUUGAGUAAAGAAACCCAAUUAUGUAGAUUUAGUUGAAAUUAAGCAUUAGAAAAAAGGUAGUUGAUUUAAAUCAGGGUGAUUAAAUUUUCCAUAGUAAUUAAGUAUUUUGAAGGAAAACAAGGUAAAAUAAUUAAAUAAUUCCCUUCAAUAUCAUUUUUGUUGGCAAGCUUAUUCUCACAGAGUUCUCACCGAAGUCAAUGGAGCACUGAAAAGAUCAAGCAGUUGCCUGGCACUGUAAACAUUGCAGUUUGGAUCUUAAUGCGUGACCUUUGGUGAUAUUUUGUGUUGUGAUUUUUUUUUUUUUUUUUUUUUUUUUUUUAAAGAUACUGAUUAUUUUUCUUUUGGCUGAAUUCAAUUUUUUUUUUCUUGUAGACAUGUGAUAAAUGCAUUUUGCCACUUCAGAUUAAUCUAAUCUAAAAUAUUUAACACAGUGAUAAUUACUGUUUGAAUAUAAAUGCUUACGUCCUGAUUUAAUAAAAAAAAAUCAAUUUUCGGUUCUUCUUACUGUGGAAAAUAUUACUCUGUGUGCCAUAAAAAGGCUUUCUUACAUAUACUGGUACUCCUUUUUGGUUUUAGAUAUGUCUUUAAAAAUGCAGUGAUCUGUACAGAAUGCUUCCAUCGUAAAAUAUUUUUAAACAUUUUAAUGAAAUCCAAUUAUUGGUGAAUACUAGAUUUAGAAGUGUUCCUUUAACUAGCUUUGAUGCCGGACUUUCACAGAUGUGUUGAGUACAAGGUAGUUCUUACUGGUAAUGUAAUAUCCCAGAUCCGAAUACAGAUGAUCUGAAUGCAUCCUGUGGCAGGUAUAUCGCUGGAGUUAGGCAGAGCCCCAUUGACUUCAUUGGGAUCAUUGUGGAAUUGAGCAUUUGCCCAUUUAGUUCUGGACGUUUUACCUCUUUGGAAUGUAAACUUUGCAGCUGAUGGAGUGAACGUAACUUCACUUUGAACAUGGUAGCUGUUUUGCCAUGAACAACAAUAUUUAGAAUGAUUGGACCAUAAACUGCAGUAAGUCCAAAAAUAUCUUCUGUUAACAUGACUUUUCUGACUGCAAGGGUCAGGUUCUUGUUCAAAAAGAUACUGUUGACUUCUUGGAGUUUGUUAGCAGUGGUCCCAGAGUACCAUUUUUUGGCAUGUUUGCCACAUUGUGAUCUGGAUAGUAUGAGACUGUGCUGCUGUAAUAAUGGUCUGGGAUGUUCCUGGCAAACUCUGACAAGUCUCCAAAAUUCCAUAGACUCUGUAAGGACUUACACUAAAGGCUAUAUUGAUCUACAAUAUAAUGCCUGUUUUUCUAGCCUUCUUAAUAGGGCUGUAUGACAUAUAUUUGUCUUUGUGAAGCCUAGAUUUUUAGUUGCUUUUAUGUCUUUUUUUGGGGGCUUUUUGGUUCUUAUUUUUUGAACUUGUUCUUAAAACACAGAGGGGAUACAGCUGUAUCCGCUUGAAGGUCCAUACAGGCUAAUGAGACCAGAGUCCUUAUUAUUGAAAAAUUGCUCCUAUAUAAUUAACUACAAAUUAUUCAGGAUCUUAGUUUCACAUUUCACUGAAAAGACCUUAACAGUGGUUCAGUACUGCCAGAGAGGAAAGAUUGCUGCAUAAUGAAUGACCAACACUUCCUGGUGUUUUUCUUCAGAUGAGAUCACUGCCUGAUGCGAUAGGGCAACAGGCAGGUGAAGUUACAUUUUAUGUGUCUCUUGAUGAUGGACAAUGAAUGGAUGCAGAAUAAAAUCAAGUGGAAGGAGAAUAAAAUCAAAGUUAUGACAAAUCUUCUUUCAAUUCUAUCUGUAGCUGACUUAUUAGGCAUUUCUGAGAAAACAUGAUAGAAAAAUUGUCACUGUUCAAAAUCAUUCUGGACUGCACAAAGUUUUAUGUGUAAUUAGGUGGACAAGUGAUUGGAUUAUGAGGUAAUUUUUUUUUUUGGUAAUACCAGAAUGCAGUUUUCAUGUAACUUUCCAACAGAAUCACUGAUUUUAAUUUAUAAAGAUGUGGAUUUACAUAGCUUUAGCUUUCUGAAGAAUUUAUUGUGUGGAAAAAGUAUGGCUUUGGAGACCACGGUGUAAGAUUUGUCAUUCACUGUGGAUCACAUGAUGCAUUGUUAAUGGAGUCAGCAUGGUAUAUCACAGACUUUAAAAGUAGUGAUAGCUAUAUUCUACCAGGAGGUAAAAUUGUAUCCUUGGCCAACAGUGCCGUUAGUAAAACAUUUCAUGUGCUGAAUAGAACAUAGAGGAGAGGUAAAACAGAAUUCUGAAAACUUGGUUUCAAAAACCAGAAUAAAAUCGGAAAUUUGGAGUGUAUUUGAACAGUGGUGAAUCAAGGGAGUAUGUGGAGGGAAUCACUACCAAUGAAAACAAUGUUAAUUUUAUGACACUCAAUAAACAAUUUAACAGAAAUGUAAUUGUAAAUGUAGUAACAUUAUCCAGCUGUCAAAAUAUGACUUUUUUGUGUGUGUAUCGGUAUGUUUUUCUUUAAACAUUAUACUUUGGGAACGCAAAGGUUGAAAGAUAAACAAAGAUGACACCCUAAUCAUUCUAAAUUUUAUGUCCACAUUAUCUGGUAGAUGGAUUUUGACUAUUAAUUUGGUUUUGUAUGUUUUCUCUGUGUGAUAUUUGUGCAUUAUUAGAUGACUAGACUGGCCAAGGCAGACCUGUUACACUUGCCUGAGUUAGGCAUUGUUUGCCAUGCCACUAAACCUGCCGCCAAGUGAAACCUUCAAGGGGGAAAUGAGAUCGAAGUCUGGCCUGCUGAAGAUGGACGCCCUGUCUCUGUUUUUAUUUUAUUUUGCUUUCUUUCCUUUGUUUCUUUUUAUUUUAUUUUGUCCCUUUUUUUGUUUUGUUCUGUUAAAUCUCUUUCCCUUGUACUUGUGAACUGGUACUUCAGUUCUGUAAAAAUAAUGUUUUGUAAAGGGUUCACAGUGUUUCAUUUUGAAGUUGACAUGAAGCUGCUUAUGAAUGGUGGAUGGUAUGCACAGAAUUUAGAAUAUGAUUAAUUUUUAUGCCGUGAAUUUUGAAUAAAUUUCAUUUGGAAUACAUUUAAGCAUCUAAAUUCAACACAUUGAGCACAUUGUGUCAGAAGACAGGAAUAGUGAAAAAUAUGAGCUUUUUUCAUAACUUACGCUUUAUGAAUUUAUCUUGGAAAAAGACAGUUGAAAUUUUUAUUUCUGCAGAAAUUAACUUUACAAAGUAAAGUCAUGAUUUUUCUCUGCUGCAUUUCCUCUUCUCAGCAGAGUAGUUUUAUUUUAGGUUGCAUGGUCUGUUUAAAAGAAGGCUUACUAUUUAUGUCUAAUAUGAAGAAUUUAAAAUAAUUAUUUCUAAAAUACAACUUCUGUGAACAUUGAAUGUCAUGAAGUACUUGCUUGCUUCUGGUGAAACCUUGCUCCAGUGAGGUCAGUGGCAGUAAGAUUUCAUCUUUUUGUUCUUGUAAUUUUCAGAGAAAGCUGUUUACCACUCAUAAGUACAAAUGCAGCCUGAGGUUUUGGUUGGAAUGUUACGUGAGGCACAUUGUCUUUUAACACUGUUAUUUGUGGGAAGAUUGAAUCAGUUCUGUGUGUGUGUAUGUGUGUAUUGCACUUUGAUGUGCUUCAAUGGUAGUUAUUUCAAAAAGAGUUUGUUUAAGAAAAAAAAAAAUAGAAAAGAAGAAAACGAUGGCUUUUUGGUCACCUCACAAUCUCUGAAGCCCUGUCAGUUCCUGCUGGAGUGAUUGAGAAGGUUCUUAUCCCUGAAUGAUGUUUCUACUUCUUGUGAAAUGGAAGCUCUGAAACAGAGGUGGUGGACCAGGUGGUGUGUCAGGUUUUCAGGCAUUGCUCCUCCCAGCCAGCUGCACUGGGAUCAGUUGGUUUCACUCUGGUAACGCAUCGGGCUGUGCACUGCGGCUGGGAAGAGCUUUUCUUCAUGAUCUCUGUUGGAUUUAGCUGUGGCAGUUGAAGUAAUUGCCAAUAGGUGUAAUCACUUUAAUUUCUGCUGCUAAAUCCAAUAAGGAUAAUGAAUUGGAUCACACAAAAAUCAUUUAUUGUAAAUGUGCAUUUGCCAUUGAUUUAAAAUAGCAGGAAAAUAUUAAUUCCUUUUAUUAUUUUUAGAGCAGGUUUGAACUGUAAGUAUUUUUUAAAUUAGAAAACUUACUUAUUUCAGGAGCAGUUUUGGGGGGAGGAUUAACCAUGUAGUUCCAGUACAAAGACUAGGAAAUUAAUUUCUUUGGAACUCUCGGAGGGGGAUAAAAAUACUGUGAUUAAUACUUGUUUAAUGCAGGUACUUCAGUCAGCAUUUAGCAAAAUGGAUUCUGGUAUGGACUAGGUUGACAAAAGACUUUGAUACAAAAAUGUAAUUAUCAUAACUGAUAUUUAGGACAACUAUAGAUUUCCUAAGAAGCAUAAGGUGUCUCUAGGCAAUGCAGAACUAAUCUACAUCUGUUUCCAGAUACCUUUGCAAAGUGAAGAAUCAGUAAAUAGAUGAUCAUAGAAUCUCUACUUUGCUUCUAAGAAGUCUUUCUAAGGAUGUCAUAUAGAUGUGGCAUCUUUAUUUUGUCUGUUUCCCUUACUAGGAAAUAAACUUCAGUAUCUCAUUUCUGUUCAGCUUUUGAAUACCAUAAGUUUAAAAAGCAACACAGCUAAACUGAAGUGUCCUAUUUUUUUGUGUUAUAAACCACAUGUUUAUUGUGUCUUUAUGGGCUUGUAUGCCACUUAUAAAUACAUUCAUGGAGGUGAAACUCCAAAAUUUAGAGCCUGUAACUUUAAAGUUAUUUGGCCUCACAUGUUAUUUUGUUUUUCAAAACUAUCUGAAGAACAGGGAAGUAAAUUUGCAAAAUAUUUCAGGUUUGUUUCUUUCUUCUCCCCAACCCCUCCCAGUUUGUUAUAAAAUUUGACCUGGUCUUAGAAAACUGGAGAAGGAUCUUUUGAAAACACAGUAUCUUUGAAUACACAGGCAAAUUUUCAGGUUUCUCUCUGUAGAGAUAGACCCUUUCUCAUUCUUGAAUAGGAUAAGUGAAUCUCUUUGUCAUGGAACUGACCAGCUAGAUUUUUUAUUUAAAAUCAAACAUUACAUUGUUGAAGGACCAAAGUAUUCUAUAAAGAAUACUACUAACUUUACGAUAUUAUUCAUUGUUUGAACUACUAUAAUGAUGCAGUCAACUGAAAGUUUUUGGGGGAUUCCUUGAGCAUCAUUUGAGGAAGUUAAUAAUUCCAAUUCUUUCAGUAAGAUGACCCAUAUACUUAAAGUUUAGGCUUGUAUUUAAGUACCUUUCUGAACCGACUCAUUGUCUGUUUAGUUAUGUGCCUAACUCCAUUCCUAUUUAAAAGGGCUAAACACCUAAGCAUCUCUUAAGUUUAUCUGGUUAAGUGUAUAUUGAAUUGGCUAUAUGUAAGUGCAUACUUGAAUUAGGCAUAUACUUAUGUAUGUUACUGACCAAGGAUCUAAAUUAGAAUGUAGAUACACCAAUUUAGACACACGACAUUCCUACCAUUAGAUUUACUUGCACCAUGUCUCUUGAUCCUGUAGACACCUCCAUGAGUAUCCAGUUAAUUGCAAGAUGCUGGCUGUUCAUGAUAAGGUGUGAUGCAUUAGUUGUUUGAAAGCACUUAAGUAUUUUGUUUUGCAGAAUAACUGGUACAUAAUUCUAUGCCUAAUCUGCAUGCACAGCUACUGAGACUGUUAAUUCUAAAGCCUGUGAGCUACAUAUUAGGCACGAUGUGCAGCAAAGUACCUCAUACUCAUGAGCAGUCAGGCAAAUCAGGUGCACCUCUCAUUGCAUGCCUGGCUUCAAAAUGAGAUCUUGUAAAGAGUGAUGAACAUUGUGGUGGUGACUUGCAUGUGUUUUAAAAGCCCCGGAAGUCAUUAUUGCACAGUUAAUUCUUAGGUGCUAAUAAUUUUCCUAGUUUUCUCCUUUAGAUAGCAAAAUCAAGUGUUUUGUUACAUGUUAAUGAGCAAAAUGCCUCAAAAUUUAAAAUAAAUAAAAUCAAUGUAAAUAGGAAGCACGGGGGAAAAAAAUGGGUACUAUUAUUUUAUUUUUUUCUAUUCCACCUAUGCUACAUGCUACAUAAGUUUCAUUUAGAUUUGAUUUGCCCUUUGGUCGUACCCAGCUAUAACCUUGUCCUCGCUGCAGAUCUGUAGAACAGGUUUGCAAUACAUUUUUUCUUUUUUUUACAGAAGUAUGUUUCCCGUGGGGUCUAUUUGAACUCGUAUAGCUAAAACUGCACAGUGUUUUGAAACUUAUCUCAUGUUUUGCUUUUGGAUAAGAGUGCUUAUAUAUUCAUUAUAAAAUCCUGAAGUUGGGGGUUUAUAGCUAAAAUAUAUACAGUUUGAACCAAAGCAGUAAAAGCUACUGGCACAGUGUUUGUGUAUACCUUGACUUUUAAAACAAUGUUUAUAUAAAUUCAUUUACUUUAUUAAAGUGCGUGGGGUAAUACCAAAGGGCUCAGUUGGAUAGCAUAUAUAUAAUUACGUCAGUAAUUUUGAACAGAUCAUAGAUACCUAGUAUAAUUAGAACUUCUUUCUGUAGUUUUUCAGUUCAGUGUUUAGUGUUUGUACCAGUUUAAAUCCCUUUGCAUUUCAAAUUUAAUAUGUACAUUUAAUGGUAAUCAAUUAAAGUAUUUUGAUUUUUGAAGAAUUUUAGGGGUUCAUUUAGCAGUCUAAUUGUGACUAAAGUUGAAUGAAACCUACAUUUAAUUCAGAUUAGAUAUUACUUAAACAUUUAGCAUGACGUGGGAUUAUAAUCUGGUUGAAAUAGUAGGAAAUACAUAUUAGCUGAUUGGUUAUUAUUUUCUUCAGUCUCAGUAAAUUUAAGCUAUUUUAUCAAAGUUUCAGAUAAACUGAGGUGAUCUAGAAUGUAAGAGUACAAAUCUAAAUUUUUUCUGCCUUUCCCUCCUCCACCUCCAGCUUCACUUGUAGAUGUAUUAUGUGUAGUCACAGUAGUGCAGUAGUUUUUAUUUAAUUUUAUUUAUUUUUACAUCCAAAGUAGGUAGCACCAGAGGAAUAAUAAUACUUUUUAAAAAGCACUGAUUUCAGUUAGCACAUACUUUGUGGGUUUUUUGUUUUGUUUUGUUUUUUCUUUUACUGGUUUGGUUAUUUGCCAUUUCUGGGGAUUAAACUUUAAAAAAUGUUCUUCUUUUCUGUAUCUGAUGUUCUGUGUGCUAUUAGUGAUGCAGCCAACACGAACGGUUGUCAUGUGUAAAACAACUUUCGAUCACCGCGAAAACACCGCCCUGGGAAAGCGUCCAUGCUUGAUAUCGUUUGGUUCAUGAACAUUAAGUUUCCAGUACAGGUAAAAUCCCAGAUGAAGCCAAAGCCCUUUCUCUGUUGGCUCCUGCUCCUACUAUGACAAGCUUGAUGCCUGGUGCAGGGUUGCUUCCUAUACCUACACCAACCCCUUUGACUACACUCGGUGUUUCACUUGGCACUUUGGGAGCUAUACCAGCAGCAGCAUUGGACCCUAACAUUACAGCGCUGGGAGAAAUACCACAGCCACCGAUUAUGGGGAAUGUAGAUCCAUCCAAAAUUGAUGAAAUCAGGAGAACAGUCUAUGUUGGAAACUUGAAUUCCCAGACUACAACAGCAGAUCAACUCCUUGAAUUCUUUAAGCAAGUUGGAGAAGUCAAAUUUGUGCGAAUGGCAGGUGAUGAGACGCAACCAACACGAUUUGCUUUUGUGGAAUUUGCAGACCAGAAUUCUGUACCUCGAGCUCUUGCCUUUAAUGGCGUUAUGUUUGGAGACAGGCCGCUGAAAAUAAAUCACUCCAAUAAUGCAAUAGUGAAGCCUCCUGAAAUGACACCACAAGCUGCUGCUAAGGAACUAGAAGAAGUGAUGAAGAGAGUAAGGGAAGCCCAGUCUUUCAUAUCUGCUGCUAUUGAGCCAGAGUCUGGAAAGAGCAGUGAAAGAAAAGGCGGUCGAUCUCGUUCCCAUUCUCGUUCAGAAUCCAGGUCUAGCUCAAAAUCCCGAUCUAGAAGGAAAAGAUCCCACUCAAAACGCAGAAGUAGAUCUGGCAACAGAUCAGUCUCAAGGCACAAGGACAGACGCAGAUCCAGAAGUCCCCUGAAAAAACGGUCUAGAUCUAGGGAAAAGCGGAAAUCCCGAAGUCGCUCUCAUUCUCGGGACAAGAAAAGAGACAAAGAAAAGGUCAAGGAAAAAGAAAAGACCAAAGAAAAGGAGAGAGACCGAGACAAGGAGAAGGAGAGGGACCGAGACAAAGACAGGGAAAGAGAGCGAGAUAAAGAGAGAAACAGGGAGAAGGACAAAGAGAGAGAGCGAAACAAAGAUCGAGACAGAGUCAGAGACAAAGACAGAGAUAGAGAUAGAGACAGGGACAAGGAUAAGGACAAAGAUAGGGACAAGGACAGGGAAAAGGAGAAAGAUAAGGAGAAGGAAAGAGACAGGGAAGAGGUAGACCAGAACAAGGAAAAAGAAGAUAUUGAGAAAGAAGUAGACAAGGACAGAGAGAAGAGUAAGGACAAGGAGGCAGAUCAGGACAAAGGAGAGGACAAAGAAAAGGAAAAAGAUGGGGAUAAGGAGAAGGAACGAGACAGAGAAAAAGAGAGAGACGAUAAAAAGAAGAAAGAUAAGAGAUCCAGAACACCCCCAAGAAGCUAUAGCUCUUCAAGAAGAUCUCGUAGCUCCAGCAGAGAAAGGCGUAAAAGGAAGAGUAGAAGUCCCUCCAAGUCUCCUAAAACAUCCAAAGCAACAAAAAGAAAGUCUUCACGAACUCCUUCACCAAGAAGAAACAAGAAAGAAAAAAAAAGAGAAAGAGAUACAAAUAAUGAUAGAAGAGAAAGAGAACGUUCCACCUCCAAGAAAAAAAGUAGUAAAGAAAAGGAGGGAAAGGACAAACCUGACAAAAGCACUACUACUUUGAAGGACAAAGAUCACACUAAAGAAGAUCAGAAUUCAGAAUCUGACAAGGAGAUAGACAACAGAGACACACAAAGGACAGAUGAAGUCAAACUACAACAGAAUGGGAACUGUCAACUAAAUGAAGAAAACCUCUCAAUUAAAAUGGAAGGGGUUUAAAGCAAAGAAUGGACCUCUAAUUCAAAUAAGGAAUGAAACCCAAAGCUUUUUGUUUCCCAGAAUGAGGAAGAAAAUGUCCAAGCAAUCAACCUGAACGUGUUGAUAGUACUAGUAGCUCUUCCAAUUCUUGUGAUAGCUUUGUUGCUUCUUGCUGAAAAACAAGAGAGCACAAACCAGUAGUUAUACCAUGAAAAGGCAGUUGCCAUCAGAACUCUUCAUCUCUGAAAGUCCAUGCAUUUCUGUGAUGGCUGUACUUAUUUGUAAAAUGAUUUUUGUUGAGUUUUGCCAUAACCUGUUACAAAUAAGUAGAAACUGAAAGAUGUAAACCUGUACUACCCAAAAAAAAGCUGAAGAUAUGCAUUGAAGGUUGUUUAAAAUACUGCUUGUUGAGGAAUUUUGUAUUGUUUUACCUUGUGGGUUAGAAAAUCCACAAAAACUUCUAUGUGUACUGUUUGAUGUGCUUGAAAAUGGUGCAUAAAUAUACACACUUUCUUUUGUUGUAAAUGACAACUGUAGCUAAAGGGUUUUUAAAUAUAAAUGCAGUUUUACGGUUCUUAUGUUAAAUACCCACUGACAAGUAUGUUUUUCAUUUGCUCACUUCUUGAGAUUCUUGGGUUUUAUUAUUUAAAAGAAUUUCUUACUAAUAUCCCUAAAAUGAAUAUUUCUUUCAAAGUACUUGAGCAGUGCAUGCUACUUUUCUGUUCUUUAAAGGAAUAUUGCCAUGUUAUUGAUAAUAGGAUAUCUUACUGGGUUAUUUUGGGGAUGUUUUGUUUUGUUUUUCUUUGUCCUUUCAGAAGUGAGCACAUUUGUGUGAUAUUAUCAGAACUCACAGCUUUGUUUUGAGCUGUACUGCAGUGUUUCUGUUCAGGUGCAAAUAGUACAGGUGCCAUUAUGAAAAUUAAUUUUUCCUAUUUGUUUAAAAAAAUAUGGGAGCACAAGCAGAAGCUUUAGUGCCUUCUUAAAAUGUGGUAUUUUUUGGAAAUGUAUAUGUGCUAUUACUCAUUUUCAGCUAAAUCUUACAUGAUCUCUAUUGCUAUUUUGCCACCACCAUAUUGUAGACAAGAAUGCAAGUGAUUUGUCAGAACAGUUGUUGGAUUCACUUGUUAAAUACUAAAUCUCCAUUUUUACGUUUAUUUUUAGAAGAGAUUUAUAGGUGAAAGCAAAGAUGCAAUUUGGGGACCACCACUGUACAAAAAUAAUAGCUGAAUACAAAGCAUUUUGUGAUUACCUGAAUCAGAGGCAGCCCUCUAGGCAUUUAAUCUACAUUUGGAUGGCCUUAAUUGUUACCUCUCCAUCAUCCUCUCUGAUACCUGUUGGGUGAUACAAAAGGAAUUGUAUGCAAAGAAAUGGGGAUAAAUAAUUUAGGGAAAAAAAGUUGUAAUUUACACAGGAGUUAUAUGGUAGAGAUUCCUUUUUCAUUCUUUGGAGAAAAAGCAUAUAAGAAGAGAAGGACAAAGCAAAUAUUUUUGUCAAGAUAAAACAAGGUUUUUGUUCUCUCAGCUAAUUUAAUUGGUUACAUGAGAUUUCUUAAGAGUCAUACCUUUAAAACUUCCUUAUACCUAAAAUUGAGUAGAUUAUUUUUAAUACAAUUUAAUACAAUCAAAUGACUUAAUUGCCUUACCUCAUGGGAAGAGUUAUUUCUUUCAGUUAACAAAAAAAAGUUAUUUGCUUUCAAUUUGUUUUGCUUUUCCUUUGCGUAGUUAAUACUUAAAAAAGUAUUACAGGGAAUGAAAAAUUUGCCCAAUUCCUGAGAUAAUAAAACCCAGUUUGAUAGUUAAGCUGCUUAAUCACUCUUCAUUUUUGAUAGGAUUUAAUAUUCUUGCCACUGUGUACGUUUAAAACUAUAGAAAAUGCUUUACCAUGUAAAGUAUAGACAGUCAUUUUUGUGAUGUUUAAGCCUCAUGCUGUUGGCCGGUAAACAGCUUAUUCUGAUAAAAGAAUGACAAAUCUAUAUGCUUACAGGAAGACUGUAAAGGAUUGUGUCUUGCAACAACAGCUGUCUUAUUUAUGAUGUGUAAGUAGCAUAGAGCAAACAGAUUGUUUGUAUACUUGUUAUCUUUGGUACCAUUUCACUAAUAAAAUUGAGUAUUUUAGAGGGAA